AUGGCGACAGAUUCCCCCCCAAAUCGCCGAACCGAGUUCUUCCAGCAACUUAAAAGUGUCUGUAUCCCUCUUAGUCGAUUUGCACUCGGCCCAAAAGGCCAAGCUGUCGACUCCAAGGAGGUCCUCAGGCUACUAGAAUCGCUCAUCGGCCUCUGGACCACUCAAGCAGACAAUGAUGCUUCCAUCCUGGACGACAAACUCGCCGAAUAUGUCUUCUUCCCCCUAUCUCACCUCCUCCGAGACCGUGACCGGUAUCCCCUCCGGGUCAUCGAGGCUGUCGUCCGGCUGCUUCGGCUGCUCAUCCAAUAUGGCUGGAAAGCAAAGGCAUCGCCGCAGCUUUUCCAACAACUCUUGGUCUUCCUCUCAUUUAUCGUCGGUGGUGUCCCAGACCAGCCGAAGCGAGACAUGCCCGAGGAGACCAUUGUCGAGGGUUUCCGCACGCUCACUGCUCUCGUCCGCAUUGCAAAACCGUCUCAUAUUGCGCCGCCAGCCGAGUCAGCAGCGAAAGGCAAAACUGUACCGGCCCUCAGUCACAGCCUCACGGUGAUGCUAGAUGGGGUUUCUGAGGGAUCCGUGUCUCUGAUCCAGCUCGAGGCGGCCCAAUGUUUACAAGCCGUGUUUGCCACUAUCAAGGACAAUAUUGUCCUUGCGCAGUUCAUUCCCGGCACAAUCUCGGCCCUUACGAAAGUCUUGUCGCCACCACAGGCCAAUCAAACCCAAAAGCGGGUACUACUCAAAUGUUUGGAGAUCCUCCAACUAGUUCUCGUCACCGUGUUAGGCGAUAUCAAGGUCAGAUCGCUCCUCAGGGAGCUGGAGAAGCCAAGAACGCCAGAAGGUGGUACGACGGAGGAACCGCAAGAUUUGAAUCCCUCGGGGGAACUGACAGCUUCUUGGCUGAGAGCGACUGCAUACCAGGUCAAGAUCGCCUUGGCGGGGGUCCUUAAGCUUCGUUCAAACGAGUCUGACGAGGUCCAAUCUGCUCUUCAUAGGCUCUGCAUCAGCCUUCUCGAUGAAUGCCACGCUUCACUCGCCGACUGCCGGUCGAUGUUCGUGGAAACCGCCAUGAUGCUGGAAGAUCAAGAUACACAAUCAAGCCUUGAAACUAGCCUUCAAGACCUUGCCAGCGUUUACGCGGAGCUCGGGGACAGCGUCAAAUUAACACUCUACAACUGGAUUACCGGCCUGCCCCGCGUCAUGCAGUCAAGCGAUGAGCGGGUCAAACAGUUAGGGAUAAGGAGCAUCCUCAGGGGUACCAGGCUGGCAGCCACGCUUCAAAUGGACUCGUCGACUCUGGACGACGCACUGGGGGACUCCCUUCGAGAUAGCAUUAUCACCCUUGUCAAAGGUUCGAAGCAACCUAAAAUCGUAGAUGAUGUUGGGGCGGACAUAUCGACAAAUACCGCUCUAGUGGGACCUGGCACAGAGCUGGCAACAUACAGUCCCGUCCUACUUGACUCUGAAGGCCAGAAGACGACAAGAGCAGAAAUCGGCUCUUUGAUAUCCAAUGUAGGCUCCCCAGUUCAGCAGGUGAAGAUUGCGACGGCCAUGCUAGGCCAUGUUCGGGACUCUCAGGGUAUCGAGCAGAUCGCCUCGUUUUGGCUCUCGUUUGAGCUAUUGAAGGCAACCUACGCACAGUCCUCGGAUCUUGACGAUUUGUUUGAUCUGUCCUCUCUCGGGGAAUCACGGCAUCAGGAAGAGGCCUUCCAGGAGCUCUACGACUUCUCCGCCUCGGUGUUAUCUGCACACUCGGAUUCCGUCGAGGCAGACUGGCGGCUUGAGGCCAUUGCACUAGAGGUAGCGGCAUUUGCUGCCUCCCGUUUUAAGGCCGACUUCCAGCCAGAACUCAUCGACGUGCUCUACCCCGUCACAACAUUCCUUGGCUCGCAAGCGCCACAGCUCCGGAGGCACGCCAUCACCACGUUGAACAUCAUUGCCACCUCGUGCGGCUACGAGAGCGUCUCUGAUUUGAUCGUCGAUAACGCGGACUACAUGGUGAACUCCAUAUCCCUACGACUGAACACGUUUGAUAUCUCUCCUGCGUCAACAAAAGUCCUCACCAUGGUGGUCCGGCUGACUGGCCCGAGGCUAAUUCCUUUCCUGGACGACGUCGUCGCAGCAAUCUUUGCAGCCCUCGACAACUAUCACGGCUACCCCGUGUUCGUCGAGAGUCUGUUUUCUGUCCUCACCGAGGUAGUAAUCCAGGGCGUCAAAUCCGACAUGCUCCUCCUCGAAGACGCCAGCACCAAAACGAUCGACCAUCGAAAGCGGCCCCCCCCAGUCCCUAGGCGUCCCAGGAAUUCUCGAUACCCUCACGGCCCGCCUCGACCGUGCCGCACGCCCUGGGGCCCUCCUAAAGACACCAAAUCCAAAAUCAACCCCCAAGGAGACGAAGCCACCGCCCUCCUCAACAAACUAACCAACCCCGACCCCGACGACAACAACACCAACAACCAAGACGAAUCCGCGCCCCCGGCCCCCGACCCCCCCCACCACGCCCCCCACACCAACCUACACCCCUGCUCACCAAAGAUCCCUCACCCUCGCCGGAACACCAACCGGAACUACGCCUAG